AUGCCCCCGAAGAAGGCCAAAGCGGAGGCGAAGAAAUCUCAGCCAAAAACUAAGGCGAAGAGUGCUACAGCUUCCGAUGCAGAGGAGCCUCCCAAAGAUGAGGAGAUGAAGGAGGAAGAGCCCCUCAAGGAGGAGGUCAAGGAAGAAAAGCCCAAGGAGGAGGCGCAAAUCAAGCAAGACAGCGAAGCGGAAGAGCCAAAAGCGGAAGUCGCGGAAGAGACUACCCAGGAGGAUGCCAAGAUGGAAGACAAGGACAAAGAAAGAGAAGAAGAUGCUGCGAAGGACGCUCGAACGAAAGUAAAACCAGGUGUCGUGAGCCUCAAUCUCCAUGAUGCGACGCUGAAUGCCAUGCCAGUCUGCGGCGGCAAGGUGCUGAUGGCACUGACCGAGGGAGGUAUGCAAUACCUGCUCGCCUCGGCACGCUGCAGUGCCGGCAUCAAGGCUGGUCGCUACAUGUACGAGGUCAGGAUCUUGGAGACGCUGAACCCAUGCGAGACGCAAGGACAUACCAGAGUCCCGGCACCUCGCCAGCUGGUCCGCGUGGGGUUCUCUUUGAGUGGAUCUUCUGUGUUCUUGGGAGACGGAGAUGGCAACUGCUGCUUCGACUCUGAAGGCUUUUUCACCCAUGACAAAGCCAGGAAGAAAGUCUCGCAGAAGUUUUUCAGAGAUCAAACUGUGGCAGUCCUUCUGAACGUAGACUCCACACUGCCAAAUGCCAACACGGUGAGUCUCUUCGUUAACGGCACGCGCGUUGCCGAGCCACAGCCGCUUCCAGAAAACCUGGUAGGCAAGCCGCUGUAUCCCACGGUGACAUACAAGAACGUGUCCUUGGAGGUGAACUUCGGUCCAUCUCCCCGCAGUCCUCUGCCAUUCACUUGCAACAUGGCUGCCGCAGCCGCCGUGGAAGAUCUCGAGAUCCCAUCUGUAGCACUGCGCAAGGACGGGAAGGGUGAGCUGGUGCUGCCUGUAGGACUCCCUGACACUGGCUACUUUGAUUGGGUGGACAAGUUCCUCGCGGAGCACCCGGACUUCGUGGAGCUCAGUGAUCGGAAGAUUCUGGACUGGGCAGCAAAGAGUGGAAUAUGGAAGGCCCGAAAUUCGGCCGCUGGGUCUGGCGACAAGCCAGAAGCAUCCACGGGCGUGCCGGCCAUUGACGACUGGAGCGUGAGCCGAGUGAUUGCAGCAGUUGCCCCCACCCUGCCACGAAAGUACAUCAUCCCAGAGAUGAAGGCCAACCUGGUGAAGUCUGACCGCGAUGAGGCACUUCUGCGGUUCACCUCGGCAGACUUCCACCGCAAGGCCGUUGUGCUUAUGGGUGAGCCUGAUCAGCAAUACAUUCAGUGGAUCCAGAAGCUGAUGCUCGAGGAGAAGCAGCAGCAGGCGGAGGAGGAGAGGAGGUGGAAAGCACAAGAGGCCGAGCGCCAGCGGCAGCAAAAGAAGGCACAGGAGGAACGGAAGCGCAAAGCCGAUGCUGCGAGGAAGAGCUACGAGGCGGCAAAGCGUCGCCGGAUGGGGGAAGAGGUGGAGGAGGAGGAGCCAGAAGAGCCACAGGAGCCACAGGAGGAGGAAGUCCCGGAAGAGGAGCCCAUUGGUCCAGUUGAGCUCACAGAGGAGGAGAAGGCUUUGAAGUGUCGGAAACCCCAGACGCCAGACAUGCAGGAGAGAGAUCUCGCAAGGUCCUAUGCAAGCUUUGUGCUGCCUGUGAAGUCCGAGGGCUUUGAUGAGGUAGCUUUUGCCUGGGACAAGGAGUCUAGCUGCUCUGAGUUGCUCAAGUCUUGGAUCAUGGAAAAGAAGCAAACACAGCGCGCCGAAGAUCUAAAUCCAGGCGCUGACUUCAAAGAGACGUGGGCAGCAUGGCAAAAGGCAGUGCAGGACUGGAGGAAGGCCCAGGGGGAUUUCCGGGAUCCCCAAAAGAGACGGGCACUCAAGGAGCGGAAGCUGGAGGAAGCUAAGAAGAAGAUUGAAGAGGAAAAGCAGACCCUCAUUGAAGCCGGUGACGAAGAAGGUGCAAGAGCGCUUGAGGAGAAGGUUGAGGCCGAGCAGAAUGAGGAAGAGAUCGACACGGAGAAUCUGGAUGUCUUGGCGGUUGAAGACAUCAGUGACAUUGGUAACGGGGAGCCGCUCUUCGGGCAGUUUCAGUACGAAGACUGGAUUCUGCUCAGUACGAGGUAUGAGUUGCACCUGCUGGCCCAUUGCUUCAAGAAGGACUUGAACGAUCCUGAUCGGCCAAGUUUCCAUCUGAAGCAUUUAGGCUUCUACUAUCAGAAGUACUACAAAAGAGCAUGGAAUUUCCAGCAGUUCGGCGUAAAGGAGUUUGAGGACCUCGUCGAGCUGCUGAAGGAUUCCGUAAGCGUUGACGCCAGUGGUCACCUGAAGGCAGACGAGCCCGAGGACACUCCUCUGGAGCGCUUCGUGAAGCUGACAGAGGACAACCGACGGGAGCGCCAGAGGAGAAUAGAUGCUGGCGAUGAGACAGCUAGGCUAAAGUUCUCCAGACCAGCGCAGCGAGGCAAUGAGCGGGAAGGAAAGGGAGGAUAUGGCAAGGGUGGCAAGGGAUCCUAUGGGGGCGGAUCGGGCUAUGGCCAAAAGAGGCAAGACAUCACCGCCAUAACAGAGCUGGUCUUCACCAAGUCUCUUCAGUUUCUGGCCGUGUCUGCCACCUUUCCUCCACCACUUGUUGCUCUAGCAGAAGACCUUUUCGUUCAUGUGGAAAAGAAGCGAGCAACGCGCGGGCAACCUGUGAUGCGAGACUUGCCCCACAAGGUCUUCUUGUGUACAUCAGCCGUGAAGAAGGACGAGGACGGCUUGAAUAUUAUACAAGAUGGUUCAGAAGAAGGAGAAGUAGUAGAGACGGCAUUGCUCAAGGGAGUGCUGCACCUCCGCUACGUGCUUCAAGGAUAUCAUGUGAGGCAAAAGGUGCCUGCACUGCUGGAAGUCUUAACGACGGCAGCUUACCAACAGGCCUUUGUCUUUGUUGGGGAUUCCAACAAUGCCAUCCAAAUCGCAGAGCUGCUGAACCAGGCUGGAGUUCCUGCCGCUGCCAGCACUGGGAAGCUGGACCAAGCCUGGCGGACACAGGCUUUCGCUGGGUUGAAGCGCUUCCAGUACCGAGUCCUGGUCUGCACGGAUUUGAUGGCACGCGGCAUUGACGCAGAGAAGGUCGAUGUGGUUGUCAACCUGGACCUUCCCGUUGAAAAGGAGACCUACUUACACCGGUCUGGGCGCACUGCCCGCUUCGGCUCGGUGGGCUGGAUGGUUUCCCUCGUCUUCGAAGGGGAUGAGGCAGAGCAUUUGGACUUCUUUCAAAAGCAGCUGGGCUUCGAGCUCGCCGAGUAUGCGGACCGAGAGGCGGCCGUUGAAUCUGUAAGAGAUGUCAAAGCGGAUAGCAUCCGGCACAGCAUGGUGCAGCUAACAUCCGUGCUUGAUGAAACCAUUCGAUCAACUCUGCCCAUGCAGUCGGACUCCUAA